CAAGUGUCUCCACCACUACUCUACAAGGCUCACAUUUCUCCCAAAUCUUUUCUCUUCAGUCUUGUUGAUCCAUUACUUCUCAAUUGCCUACUCUUCCUUCCAUUUUACACACCCCUUGGCACAUUUUCUUGGAUUGAGAGUAAGUAGUGCAAUGGAGAGGGCAGUGGCAAGGUUGGCAUCAGAGAGGCCAGUGGUGAUAUUCAGCAAGAGCUCAUGCUGCAUGUGCCACACCAUCAAGACCCUUUUCUCGGACUUUGGAGUUAACCCGGCCGUCCACGAGCUGGAUGAAAUGCCGAGAGGGCGUGAAAUUGAGCAGGCCUUGGGCAGGCUCGGGUGCAACCCCACGGUGCCAACAGUGUUCAUUGGUGGUGAACGGGUGGGUGGAACCAAUGAGAUCAUGACCCUUCACCUCAAUAGAUCCUUAAUCCCCAUGCUCAAGAGGGCUGGUGCCUUAUGGGUCUGAACCAUAACUCUCUAAUUAUCACCAUAAUAAUGUCAUCUUACUUCAAGUUAUAAGAUGAGAUGAACCCCUAUCGUACGAGGCAGCAUAUAGUGUGACUGUUUUGUAUAAUACUAUAUGUACUACUAAUAAACACUCUAUAUCCUAUAUAUAUAUAUAUAUAUAUAUAUAUAUGUACUGCUCACUUUUUUGGUACUGUGAUGUAAUAUUGUAAUGUAAUGUAAGGAAAGGUAAGGUAAUCUCUCCUUCUGGUUUUGGCUAAUAAAGUUGCACUUUUCGUUUAA